AUGGAUUCUAAGGACCAAACAAAUUCAAACUCGAGAGCAAUUAUCCAUCUGAAAGCAACGUGUUAUAUCACGUCAAUCUUAAUCAUCAGUAUCAUUUUGUGGAUAGUCGGUUGUGAGAUUUUAUGGUAUGGAACCGUAUGGAUAGAAGAUGUUUAUGAACGAAAAGAUCGAUUUAAUGUCUACAAAAUCAUUUUUCUCAUCCUUUUCCUUGGCUUUGGAAUUUUGACCGUUGUCGUUUCAACAUCGUUCGUUCUUCUCGGCAUACCUUUCACAGUUCUGCAUGUUAAUCAUUUAUUUAAUCGCGAAAAUCUCUUCAUUCCACGGCCAACACGAAGAGAUAACGACGAGCUACGACCACAGCAAUCAAAGCAAGCAUUCAUAUGGGCUAUAUCCAUUUUUCUCCUAGUCAUCAUCGGUCUUGCCAUCGGCGGCACCGGUUGUGAAGUAGUACAAUGGAGUGGGAACCAAUUUCGAUCACUAUUUCAAAACAACACUGAAUUAGACAAGAUGAACUUCUAUUUGAAACAAUGCUCGUUUUUGGCAAUCAUGUUUAUUGGCUUAUUAUUAUCUUUUGCUGGAUUACUAUUGGCUCCGUUUAUGCUUGCAUUUGCAGGAGUGGUUUCAUUUGAUAAAAAACGAAAUAGUUACCGAUUUCGUUCACGUCGAGGACGUCCGUGUCAGUGA